AUGUGCUCUUGGCUGGUGGUCCGAGGCCUCAUCUGUACCGCUAACGUUAUAUCACUCCUCAACCUGUUUGGGAUGGCCAUCAUCCACUUUCUGGCCAUCAAGAAACCCCUCAGAUACCGGACCUCCAUCACCACCACGCACGCCAAGUGGAUGCUGGGGAUAUUCUGGCUGUUCUCGUUCCUGGUGGGGUACUCAGACCUGCUCAUUGGCUUGGUGGACUACCACGUAAAGGACGACACCACAGAUAAUUACUGUCAGCACACCAUUUUUAACCAUUUCCAUUCCCAACAGAUAAUGUUCGCGAUAGCGUUUGUUUGUUUCGUUGUGAUGGCGUACCUGUACGGGAGGAUAUUUCAUCAGAUGAAGGUGCACAGGUCGUUUGCACGUGAAGACGACACCCUGUUUCAUUCUCAAGGUCACUGUUGGCCUCUGCAGCACACGUAUCGUAACAACCGCAAGGCAAUACGAACCACCUUGCUCAUCUUCGGCACCUUCUUCGUGUGCUGGAUGCCGUUGACUAUGUUUGAGCUCGUUAUGCUGAUUCGAGCCAAGCAGGGGCUAAUAGACAGCGAGUCUGUGCCUACCUUACUCAUCGCGGGCGAGUACCUUCAUGACGUCUUGCUGCUCAACUCAGUCUGUGAUCCGGCCAUCUACAUCAUGAGGGUGCGAGACGUCCGCGCUGGCUUCGAGCGCUUUAAGAGACGCUGCUGCCGGUGUUUAAGCCACAUCUGGUGGCUGUUGGUGACAGUUGGAAACACGCGGUCAGACCCCCCUGUGGCACUGUCCGCCCUGAACACAGACAGGUCGUCCAGUAAUAAUCUCCGUGUUCCACACGAACUCAUAGAGUCUCUAUAG